UUUAGCUUAUUGUAAAGAUCAAGAGUACAAAACUUUCAGUCGAUCUACAUUGUACAACAUUUUGAAAGUUUGCGUUGCUUCCCAGAAGAGGAACCUUCAUGGGCUUGACAACAUCACAGCUGAUGGCUUGAAAUCUGUUGAGGUGUUGGAAGGAAUCAUUUCAAAACUGGAAACAUUUGGAUUAUCAGAGGAAAGAGCUGAAGAAUUGAAAAGCAUGAUAGCAUCUCUAAAUCAACAUUUGAAAUUUGACAUCAAGGGUCAUCUGUCAACACAUUCCUCCUGUGUUAGUCACUGUACAACUUUCAGUCUUAGUGAUCCAAAAUGUGAAACGUUUCGUUCAAAGUGUGACCAUGAACAUGCAUCUGGAUGUGAAGAGUGUGAAAUUGUGGAUAAAACCCUGUGUGAAGUGGCAAGAGAAUUUGAUGAAUGUACAAUCAAGGAAUGCAUUCCAAAAGACACAAUGGAAGAGAUUGACUUUGAAAUCAAUCAAUCAAAAUUGAACAUUUUGUCAUGGAAAGCACACUGUGUAAGAACAGUACAUCAAGACCAAGCUAAGAAAAAUGUCUUGGAAGACUUGCAACCUAAUCAAGCAUUAGUGGUCAUGGAUUGGGCAAUGAAAUUCUUGCCCAUUAAGCACAGAGAAUCACAAAGUGAUUUCUUUGGGAAAAAAGGUAUAAGCUGGCAUCUUUCAUCUGUCAUUACUCGUGCUGCCUAUCCAGCUAUCGACCAGGAAAACCACUUAGCUGUCAAUACUUUUGUUCACAUCUUACAACUGGGAAACCAAGGGUGGUUUUCUGUGGCACACAUUAUCACUGACCUGUUGAAUCAGAUGCCAAGUUUUGCUCCCAAUGUGAGUGAGAUUAUUUUGAAGAGUGACAAUGCAGGGUGCUAUCACUGUUCGAGUUUGGUGUCUUACUUGCAACAUUUGAACCAGCUUUCUAGGAUCAAGAUCUUAGAAUACAAUUUUAGUGAGCCACAGUCUGGGAAGGACAUAUGUGAUGCCAAGACAGCCCAUUGCAAGAUGCACAUACUGAGAUUUUCAGGUGAAGGGCAUGAUGUUUUAACGCCAGAUGAUAUGGUAAUCGCCUUGAAUUCUAAUGGAGGAGUAAAGGGUGUUGUUACUUCAGUGGUGUCCAUUGAUCAGAGCCAGGAGAUGAGGAUGAAAACGAAAAUUCCAAAUAUAAGCCUGAUGAACAACAUAUCAUUUCAUCCUGAUGGGGUCACAUUUAGGAAGGCAUAUGGAAUCGGAAGGGGUUAUUUUUUACCAAGUUCCCAUUUCAAAGAUAAUGAACAAAUUCUUGGCUUUGAGGUACACACUCAAUUUCAUAGAACAGAUAGCUAUAUUCCAGGAUCUGUAAAACAUGAGCAGGACAAAACAGAAGCUGAUGAAGAGAUAAAUAAGGAAGAGGAGAUAGAUGGCACAAAGUCAGGAUUAUUUGCCUGUCCUGAGCAAGGAUGCAUGAAAGUUUAUAGGAAGCAAUGUUUGUUGGAGUGCCAUAUAUGUGUAGGCAACCAUCUGUACUGCAACACAGAAAAUACUCUUGAUAAGGUGAAGCAUUUGUGGGCUGAAAAAUGUAUUGCAGUGGAAAAGAACUUCAAGGUCUUGGUCAAGGGUACUUUGGGUGUUGCCGAAAACAUACCAGAAGGAUGGGCCCUUAAAACAGCAAAGGCUCAAAAGAGAUUCAGUGCCAAAGUCAAAGAAUUCCUCUACAGCAUGUACCUUGACUUUGAAAGAACAGGGAGAAGACCCAACUUUGACAAGAUCUCUGCUAACCUCAAAUAUCUGAGGAAUGAUAAUGGAUUGAAGCAUUUCAACAGAGAGGAGUGGUUAAGUUCAUCACAAAUCAAGAGCCUCUUAAUUUUGUAAAAUUAAGAUCAAAACCGUUAGAAAGUUCACGUAUCAAACUUGAUCCCAAUAUCAUGAAAGAUGAGGAUUUGGAAAAUGCUUUGGAAGACAUUGAAAAUGCUGAUGUUCAUGCAAAUAUAUAGGAUUUAUUAAAGGAAAUCGUGGAUCAACUUGAAUGAACUUUUAGGUUAAUGUUGUUUUUCAUACAUUUAAUGAAUGUAUGCAGCAAGCUUGAACGGUCAAAAUAUACCCAACAAAGAAAAAAACGCAUAUUGUUUUACUCAUCAAAGAAAUUUUGAAAAAGUAUAUGGAACGACUACCUUUUUUAUCAUUCCAUACCUGUGAUCUAUUUAAAGGAUAAGGUGGAGUUUUAAAACCCAAGUGUUGAUUAAUCAUGUUUAUGACAAUUUGAUUUUUAUAGCAACACACUCUAAAAUCAAUUUAAAAAAAGAAGGUUUAAACUGAAAACUUAGAUUUAUAUGUUAACCUGAAUAAUAUGCGUUUCUUUUUUUGUUGAGUAUAUAAAAACAAUCUAUGGGUUUUUUAUAUAUAUUAUCUUUCUAUCAAUAAAUAUACCAUGGCUAAGAUCAAGAUCCUCUGUAGAUUAGAAAAAUGCUUACAUUUUUGUACAACAUUACAUGUGAACUAGUGUGUAAGUGUGUGUGUGAAAGGGAGUGAGGGAGGGUGUAUGUGUUUCAGAUUAAUAAGCAAGUAUAAUGAAAUAUUUUCUGUAGUUGUACACUGAAUGAAAUUCUAUAUACAUGUAUUUGUGAAUUUGAAAGUAGCUAAAGAAUUGAAAAAAAUUAUUUGUAAAUGUUUUCAUAUAAAAUUUGAAAGUGUUGGCACAUUGUUUUAAGACACACUUAGAAUAUAUAAAAUUAGAGUUGAGAUAAUUUGUGUAUGCAUUCACUGAUUGAUAAGUGUUGGAAAAUUUUAAAAUUACUCUCUGAAUUUUUUUUUAUUUUCUUUGAAUAACAUUAUGUAACUUCCUAUAUCUCAACUGAACUCUUUGUAUGACUGAUAUAAUAUUGCCAAUCAAAAGUUCCUCAUAGAGCC